AUGGUCUUAGCUCAAACAAUUUUACAAUCAGUCUUAUUCGCUUUGGUUGCAAAUGCUGCUGCAAUUCCAAUUCAAGAUGGUCAAAAAUUCAAUUCAAGUGCCUAUUCAGUUCCACCAUUAUCAGUUCCAAGUGUCUCAUUAGAUCCAGGUUCUGCUUCAAUUGCUUCUCCAAGUUUCUCUUCAAGCCCUUCAAGUGUUGUUGCCCAAAGUGCUGCUUCAAAUCCUUCAAGUUUUUCAUCAGUUUCAGUUCCAAUCGCAUCUCCACCACCAUCAGAUGCUACUGUUCCUAGGGUCUCUCCCCAAGAUAAAAAGAUAAAGCAAGAACAACAAUACCAAAAGAGAGAUGAUGACGAUGAUGAUGAUGAUGACAAAGAUGAUGAUAAAGAUAAAGAUGAUGACGAGGAUGACGAUCAAUCCUCUAGUGCAUCACCAUCAGAAUUCAUACAAUUUGUUUCAUCAUCAUCAAGUGCUAGUGUUUCAGCUACUCCAACUGCAGAUGAUCAUGAUGAUGAUCAUGAUGAUGACAAAGAUGGUGACAAAGAUGGUGAUGGUAAAUGA